AAAGGCAGCUAAGGGUCCUUAACGGCCAUCAGCGAGACAACAUUGCAAGGAGUAAAAAUCUACACUGAGAGAAGGUCAGGAUGGUCCAGAAAAUACUCAGUAAUUUGGUCGGUGCGAAGUACAUUACUAUUCUAAGGACGUGGGUACCAAAUAUGGUAGCCUGGGGAACAGUUGGUGGAGUGGCGCUUGUUCACUUCACAGACUGGCGAUUGAUUCUGGACUAUGUGCCAUACAUUAGUGGAAAGUUCAAAAAGGAUGAGUAAAGUCCCAUACAGCUAAAUUCUACAGGACCAGAUCUGGGAAUGAGCACACAGGUGGAUUGCUAACACAAUGCAAGCUAAAGUGGGACGCUCCUGCUCAACAAUCAGUCACGGAGGGCUUGCCAGUAGUUGGGACUACAAGAUGCACUCUGUAUAAUUGCUGUUCUGGAUCUAGUAUUAUUGUAUGUGAAAAAAUCUUUAAUUUCCUCCAAUGUGUCCAGUUAUUCUGCAAAAUGCCAUCUAUUAAAACAUUGUAUUUGCAUGGUGAGAGGGUUUAUAAAAAAUAUAUUGUGUUCAAUGCUGAGGAAGUGGGUAUACUUAGAUUAUUUGUACAGUAAAAGCAAUGUGAAAUAAAAAAUAAUAUUGAA